UCUGCGAAAGCCAUAUACGUAUAUUGUCAAAUUUAACUGGCAUAAUAGCAAUCAUCAGGACAGAGAAGCUGCUUCUUGAGAUGGAUCUCCCAAAGGAGGACUUUCCAAUGAACCAGCUCAAAAGCAGUGAUUCGGAAUCGACCGAUGAAAAAGAGUCUGAAAAUGAUCCACGAAAGGCACUGCUUCUUGAGAUGGAUCUCCCAAAGGAGGACUUUCCAAUGAACCAGCUCAAAAGCAGUGAUUCGGAAUCGACCGAUGAAGAAGAGUCUGAAAAUGAUCCACGAAAGGCACUGCUUCUUGAGAUGGAUCUCCCAAAGGAGGACUUUCCAAUGAACCAGCUCAAAAGCAGUGAUUCGGAAUCGACCGAUGAAGAAGAGUCUGAAAAUGAUCCACGAAAGGCACUGCUUCAUCAAAUGGAUCUCCCAAAGGAGGACUUCCCAAGGAACCGGCUCAACACCAGUGAUAUGGAAUCGAAAGAUGAAGAGGAGUCUAAAAAAGAUGAUAUACGAGAGGGUGAUGUUCAAGAAAAUCCUGCUGUCCGCUAUAAUGUUUCGAAAUAUGCAACAUUUGCAGGGCUACCAAUCAAGGAAUGCUUCGAAGGAGUGAAAGUGAAAGCUGGACAACGAGUCGUUCGAGGUCGAGACUGGGAGAACAACAAUGAUGACGGAGGAGAGGGAAAUAUCGGAACGGUGACGUAUGUUAAUCAGGAUACCGUAAUGGUUCAAUGGGAUUCGCAAAAAACAUCGUUUGAAUAUCGCAUAGGAAAGGAUAGAAAAUUCGAUCUGAGGUUGUACGAUAAUGCUCAAACAGGCGUGCGGCAUGUUCGUUUUCGAUGCAAUGGAUGUUAUGAAUCUCCAAUUAUUGGAAUGAAGUGGUGAUGUCGACAGUGUGAAGAUUACAACCUUUGUACAGACUGCUACAUGAUAAACAAGCAUGAGGAAUCACAUGUUUUUGAGAGAAAACAGGAGAAUGAGUCAAUAAGUGUAGAAUUAGGUCCACGUAAACACAUGGACCCUGUUUCAGCUAAAGGAAUACUAAAUAAAGCCAACGUCAAGUUGCGACGUGUUUCUGGAGAUGUACAUAUGGUGAAAGUGAAAGUGAAAACUGGACUACGAGUCAUUCGAGGUCGAGACUGGGAGUACGACGAUAAUGACGGAGGAGAGGGAAACAUCGGAACGGUGAAGCAUGUUAGGCAGGAUACCGUAAUGGUUCAAUGGGAUUCGCAAGAACAAUUGUUUCAAUAUCGCAUAGGAAUGGAUGGAAAAUUCGAUCUGAGGUUGUGUGAUCAAACAGUGAAAGUGAACGUGAAAGUUAAAGACCGAGUCAUUCGAGGUCGAGACUGGAAAAACAACAAUGAUGACGGAGGAGAGGGAAAAAUUGGAACGGUGACGGGAUGUCCAAUGUUUCCUUGGUAAAAAGCUGAAACUCUGGAAAUGCGAUGCUCUUGUGAAGAUGGAAAAUGAAAAGCACACUCGAAGAUAUCGAAUAGGUCGCGAAGGAAAGGCAGAUCUCAAAUACAUAAAUCCUGAAAACAACCCAUCAUGCAUGUAUUAUAGAGACCAUUUGCCUACUUUGACAUACGAAACUGUGAAAACUGGAAUGAGAGUUAUUCCUGAUCCUCAUCGAUUAAUCAAAGCCAUCCUAGGAACAAUUGUUAACGUUAAGUUAAUUAAGUUAUUUUCUAUACAUUGCGGUAGUAAUAAUAUUUUCCACAAUGACUUGUACAUGUCAUAUUUAAGAAAUGAAACUAAAAUAGUUAUAAGAUCAAGGGAGGAAUAUUGAAACCCUGUGCUGCUGUAUUGUCUAGAUACAUGUAUAUCAGUUUGAAUUUUACAGACAAUCAAACACAAUUCAGAGGAAAACAUAAAGAAUAUGAUAAAUGAUGGAAUUAAGGUACAAUUCGAUGACGGUUCUUCAGAAAUCAUCCGAGAUCCAGGAAACCUAAGAUUGUACGACAAUGGACAAACCGGGGCUGUACAUGGAGCAUAUUGCAAAACAUGCUGUGACGGAACAUUCAUCACGGGAAUUCGUUGGAAGUGUACAGAAUGCUCUGAUUUUGACCUUUGUACAGCGUGCUAUAUGAAUGAUGAGGAUGAUAUCAAUCAUAUUUACCAACGAAUUGUUCAGGAAGGUGCAAGUGAAACGCUUAAAACAUCAAGAAAAAACAUUACCGGAAGCAGAGAGAGUCUGUUAGGAAUAUUUGUGGGGACAGAAGUUACUGCACUUGACGGUGUGUUUCUAUAAUAUAUAGAAUGAUGAAACAGACAGAAAUGUAUAUUUAAAACUUUUUCACUGCGACUUUCAAAGUGUCGUCAGAAGUCAAACAUCAACAACCGUUUCACAUUUACAGAGAUUUGGAAAUGUAGACAUUUACGGAAAUGAAUUCAUAAGGUUUUGGCUCUAAUUGUUUACCUGAAAGGUGAAGAUAAUGAACAGUGAUCAAUAUCAUAACUCCUAUAAGCAAUACAAAAUAAAGAGUUCGGCAAACACGGACUGCUGGAUAUAAUAGAGGUGGGAUCAGGUGCCUAGGAGGAGUAAUUAUCCCCUGUCGUGUGGUCACACCCGUUUUGAGCCCUGGCGGCCGUUUCACUAACCGAUCGUAGAUCGUAAACGUACGAUUACGUUUACGAUUAUUUGACGCGCACGUAUACGAGCGUUUCACGAAACCUAUCGUAGUCGUAACACUUACGAUUGCGAUUUACGUCUGACUUUUUAGGACUCUUUUCUCUACGGAGGUAGUUUUAAAAUUAAACCCAUUAUGGAAAGAAAUAUCCAUUCAUUAUUUCCUUAUGAUUUUUAAACAUAUCCUUAUUGUCUGCAGCGACCAAUGCAAGUUGUCAACAAAAACAAUGGAAAUUUUGAGCCCGAUAUCUAGUGUUACGUAAAGAGAAUUCCUAAUUCUUAUUGACUUUCAUGUAACUAAAAUGAGAGGGGGGGGGGGGGUGAUGAUAUAAGAAAUAACAUAAAAGAUUUACAUUCUAGAUUUUUAAAUGCCAUGUGUCGAUCUGCUCAUGUGAGUCAAGUUUCAAUCAAUAAGUAAGCUAUGUUCAACGGAUUGAAAAAAUAAAUAAAUAAGAAAAUGAAAUGAUAUUAAUAAAAAAAAGAUGAAUAAAUGAAAAUAAAAUUGCACACAAGUAUAGGAAAUUUUAUCCUGCAUCAAACCUAUACAUGUAGGCCUACCCCGGCGUUUAAUCAUUGUUGUAAAAUACACUGUAACACUAAUGACAUAUCUAUUCACUUAUUUGUAUAAAUUUCAAACAAAUCAUGGGCUCAAGUUGUCCCUUAAAUGACUUGAAAUAUAUUUCCCCAUGCGUUUGUAUUUUAUAUAUUUUUUUUUACCGUUUAGGCCUGUAAGCAUAUGCUAACUUCCGUCUUUACGUGAUGAUGUAUAUAUAUUCCGGAUCAUUUAUUAAAAAAUAUUAUUGAUAUUGCACUUUAUGAUGAUUGAUUUUAUAUUAUUUAACGUCCCUUUCAUGAAAUUUCACUCAUAUGGAGACGUCACCAUUGCCGGUGAAGGGCUGCAAAAUUUAGGCCUAUACUCGGCGUUUACAGCCAUUGAGCAGGGAGGGAUUUUUAUCGUGCCACACCUGUUGUGACAUGGGACCUCAGUGUUUGCAGUCUCAUUCGAAGGACCACCCUAUUUAGUCGCCUCUUACGACAAACAAGAGGUACAAAGGACCUAUUCUAACCUGGAUACCCACGGGAUUGCACUUUAUAACAAGGGUUCGGAACCCCAAGGGUCCGAUAAUGACCCAUCCCUUGUCUGUGUAUACAUAUAGGUCUAGUUUGUAUGUUUAAUUUCUAACUACCUUCAUAAAACUACAGAAAUAUUCCACUUGCAAAAUUGGGAUUAUAACCCCUCUCCCAUUACCAUAUCAUAUUAUUAUCAUAUUUUCCUUCAAAGGAGUAGGUACAGUUUCUAAAGUCAUUUGGCCCAAAAUAUCGAUGAUUUCACUUGGAGCUUAAAACCUGACAUUGAAAUAAGGAAUAGAUUAGCAAACCCAAAAUCCGCUCAGUUUGAUCAGCAAAAUGAUCUGUGUCAUAUGACGAGAGCUAGAAGUUGGCAUAAAAUUGCAGAAAUGCCAUUUUCAAUUAAAAUAGCCACAAAUUCAGGGGGUUUUCCUUUCAGAAAACAUACAGCGCAUGCGUCGAUCAAAUUCAUAUUCAAGUAUGUUUUUAAUCUUAAAAUAAUACACAAUAUAUAUCAUUUUCAUUUUGCUCGACAAAUGCGCACAUCUUUUCCUGAGCAAAAAUAUGUAUGAUAUUUGGCAGUUUUCAGGCUUAUUUUGAAAAAAAGGCGGGAAAUGUCUUAUUCAUGAUGUCAUAAUGCCAUCCAAUUAGGAAUACCAUAAUGAUUUUGUUAACAUAGUAUACCUGGCAUAUAUUUUACUUUCUUAAAACGCUGAUUAAGGUUAAUUCCAGAGACAUUUUAUAGAGAGAAAUUUUUUGGGCCUUUUCAUGUAUGCAAUCGUACCUUGUUCUUUGUAAUGUUCAUCCGAAUGUGCAUGUAUUAUGCAGUUAGUCAGUUGAAUCAAAGGUAUUGAUCUGACGGAAAGAAAAUAACUGAGUCCGUCGAAUCACAACGUCUCAGAUUUAAAUCAACUGUUACUAAAGAAACUUAAUUUCUGACCAUGUCUAUCAGAAUUUUAAUGUCUUGAAUUCUGCCUAAUGUUAAAUAUACAUGUACACUAACGAUGAUGCAGACAGAUGUAGCAAUAUCUUUCCCACAUCCUCCACAUAUCACUUUUCUAACAACUGUUUUCGUUAUUAUUACAUGCGAAGUUUGAUAUAUUGACUACCCCCCUCCUCCUCACUUUUUAAAAUAUGAAUUAAUUGAUUUUACAUUUAUUUCAGCAGACUGGUCACAGGAAUUAGGCCCGUUUUGGACUCGAAAUCUGUGAUACAAUGAAUCUACUAUAUUUGUGGUAUCACAGAACCCGGACCGAAAACGGGCUUGACCCCUGUGAGACUGACAUUUCUGUGGUUGUGCGUAACAAAGGACAACUCUAAUUCAUUUAAGAUUCGGGCUCGGACUGUACAAUAUUUUUGUGCAAAAGCAGACAGCAAGUCAUUGUGAUUGUUUUCUUCCUACAAAGUAUAAACAAACUCAGUCAGGUAAAUACUAACACAAAAUGAUCUCAGGCGGGACCAGAAUGGCGGCCAUAUUGCUCAUUUGAGUGCAUGUAGGAACACUUACGAUAGCCCUAGACCACUCGUAGGGUUACGAUCAAUACUGAUCGUAAAUCGCAAAUCGUAACUUUUAGUGAAACGGUCGUACGUGCUACGUUCACAUUUAAGUCUACGUUUACGAUCUACGAUCGUUUAGUGAAACGACCGCCAGUAUCUUGAUCAGGUAAACAGAGUUAUUCGUAGUCAUAAUCAAUUUGCCAAGAACAGCCUAACAAUCGGCAUGAAACACGUCAGACAGCAUCUGACCCAAUAAUAAGUGGAAUUGGCAAACUAGAUCCUUAUAACGACCAUAGAAAUUGCAAAAUGCUGAUUUUGAACGCGACUGUUUGUUCGAACCCCUGCACCAUCAACUGUUUGUCAGUAGUCUACCUUGAUUUAAAAUAUAUAAUGAAGAUAACUGGAUAUUUGUUCAGGCGUCAAUUCAUAUAAAGUCAACCUCAAUAUACUGUUGUGUAGAAAACAUUUGACAAUAAAAUCAUUAAGUACCACGCUACUGAUCCAUGCCUAUUGUAUAGUUUAAUGUUCAUAUAUUUAUUUAUGAAUUAAUGUAAGAGAUCGAUGUAUAAGAUAAAUAUUUACGGUAUAAAGAGAAUGAGUUUA